AUGACUUUUGACAUUGAGUUUGAGUCUGCCGCAGAGAAAGGUGCCUUUAGUCAUCAUUUAGAAGAUUUUCAAUCCUUGCUAUUUAAGAACAAGCUAGAUAGCUUUGGUUGGAUUUUAUCUGGGCCGGUAAUUAGGAAAGGUGUUGAGCCUCAUACUACAUUAGUCACGCAUGUGUUAAGGGCAGAUGGUAUAUGUAGUGCCAGAUCUCUAGAUAAGGAGCUACACUCUUUUUGGAAUAUAGAGUCUAUGGGUAUUGUGGAAAGUGAAGACAUAGUUCAGAAUCAGUUUCAUGAUAAUGUUUCAUUUGAAAAUGGUAGAUAUACAGUUUCUUUGCCUUGGAAGGAGUCAGGAUUGUCUUUGCCUGACAACUAUCAGAUUAGUCUAAGAAGAUUAAAGAGCUUGUACAAGAGAUUGAAAAGGUCACCAGAGUUGCUUGAGAAAUAUGAUUCUAUAAUUAGAGAGCAAUUAGCCUUAGGGAUUAUUGAGCCUGCAGAUGAAAGUAGUACCUUUAGUAGAAUUCAUUAUCUGCCUCACCACGCAGUAGUGAGACAGGACAAAUCUACAACUAAACUAAGGAUAGUUUAUGACGCUUCAGCGAAAGAAGAUGGUCCUUCACUUAAUGAUUGUCUGUAUACAGGACCACCCUUGCAUAAGAAAAUCUUUGAUUUGCUUUUGAGAUUUAGAACACAGCCUGUAGCGCUUAUAGCAGAUAUUGAGAAGGCGUUCUUGAUGAUUAAG